AUGGACAACCGAGUAACACAAUCUAAUUCACGCCCACCGACAAAACCGAAACCCGCCAACUUGUCAGUAGCUCUUAACAAAAAGUCUUCUUUCGAAGCCGAGACAGACUCUUCACGCUCUUCAUCAAACCAUUUAACGGUCAAGAAAGUUUCACCAGCGAAAGGGCCAAACGUAAAUAGAUUAUCUAGUGUAUUCGAAAAUGCAAAUUCUUCAAACACAACAUCAGCGAACGGAGCGAACGGAGAGACUGCACAGAAGAAACGGAUUGGCAUUGAGUUGGAAAAAGGAAAUGGCGUAAAAAGUGGCAACAUAAAAAAGGAAGACAAUAAUCCCAAAGAGUCAGGAAAUGUCGAAAUAGAUGAUUCGACGUUAAACUUUGGUGAUAUUAAGGCAAGAUUUCAGAAGGAAAAGAACCUUGAUGAAAAGAAGAAGCCAUAUGUCCCGUCACGAGCAGACACGAGUCGGUUGGCUACUCCUCCAUCAACAAGGUCUUCUUCAGCUUCGAAGACUGGACCUAAAAAGUCACAAAAAUCUCCUCCGCCACGUCAGUUCUCCUAUGAAAGCGAUACAGAUACUUCUACUUCAGACGAAAUGGUGACAGUUGAAGCUAGCCGUAAUAGUCAUAAACAAGCGAAUGGUGUUCCAAUUGUAAAGUUAUCAUCAAAAGAGAUUGCUAGAGACCAGUCGUUGUCUAGCAAGAUAAGUGGAAGAGGCUCCUCGGCAGAUUAUAGUAGUACUUCAGAAAAAGACGAUACAAUUUUAUCUAUAGACGGCUUUGCAGCAAAGAGACAAAGUAUAGCAGAACAACUUCAUGGCACAUUUACACCUUUGUCAAGUACCACAUAUACUUCUUACAUCAAUCCUCCGUCUCGUUCUUCUUCAAAAUCAUCCUCUAUUUCUUAUUCUCGAAGAUCUGUGAGUCCUCCACCUUCCCAUCCUACCUAUGCCUCAUCAUCUUCGACGAUAGCACAGCUAGACACGCCUACCAGUGAAUAUUCUUCGUCAAUAGAUGAGAUUCCUACUACACAGGAAGACUUGGGGCUUGAGAAAGAGAUAGAUUUAGUGUUUGAAAAAGAAUCGAAAAGGAGAAAGCAGUUGUGGAAUGUCAUAAAAGAAUUAGUGGAAACUGAGGGAGUCUUUUUGAGCGAUAUGUAUUUGCUCGAAGAGGUCUACUAUAUCAAUGCCCGCGACAUUCCAAUAUUUAAUCCAUACGAUCUUAAAGUAAUCUUUGGUAACCUUACCGAUAUCAUAGACUUUUCCGAUACGUUUUAUGAAUUACUUCAAGCAGCUACAGGAACUGACGAUUUAGAGGACACAGAAAGUCAUUUAGUCGAUGAAAAUGAUACUACUUGGAUUGGGGAAGCUUUUGUAAAAAUGUUAGAUAGCAAGGAAGACUUGUCAGGAAACUACAACCGGAUGGAAGCCACUUAUGGCGAAUAUUGUAAACGACACGAAACUGCUGUUGCCAAAUUACAGGAAUUUGAGAAUAACGAAAACGUGCAAGGGUUCUUACAGAAAUGCAAAGAACAAUGCGAAGGACGAACGCGAAGUUGGGAUAUUGCAAGUUUAUUAAUUAAACCUGUCCAGCGUGUAUUGAAAUACCCAUUAUUACUACAGCAAAUCCUCCAACUUACAAAACCUUCACAUCCAGACUACGGACAAUUAAAACAUGCCUUUGACGAAAUGCAAAAGGUGGCUGAACGCAUCAAUGAUAUUAAAAGAAGAAAAGACAUUGUAGAGAAAAUAGUUGGAUCCAAAAAGAAGAGUGACGCGGAUUUAGUUCGUGGGUUUACAAAAACCUUGACUAGAAGAAAGCAAUUACUUAGACACAUGACCGGAUUGGCAAAGCCUACAGAGGAUGAACUGUAUAUCGCGUACGUGGACAAGUUUAGGCAUUGGGAACAGCAAGGAGUUUUAUUGCAGAAGAACGUUAAGGAUUGGGUUAAGAGCGUUAGGCAAUACUUUGAAGAUCAAAACCGUAUAGUGUCAGCAAUAGAAGACUACUAUGUUAUGGGACUUCCAAUAAGUAAACGGCCUGAGCAAUUGAAACGAAUGGCAGAAUACAGAAAAAUUAUUAAAGAGCUUCCUUCAUCUUGUGGAAAAGAAAUGGAAGAAGCGAUAAAAAAGUAUAUAUAUCCUAAAUUAGACAUGUUCAUGGAACGAUUCAAAGCUCCAACAGCAGUCAUGAAAAAGAGAGAGAAGAAGGUGCUUGAUCAUGAACGAGCAGAAUCAAUAAAAGGAAAGGGUGAUACGCCUGAUAAGGCCUUACAAGAAUCCGCAGACGCCUUCACUUCGAUCUCACAACAACUGCAUGAAGAACUUCCAAAAUUUUUUGAAUUAAUGCGUCAAUUUUUUAACAUUAUAGUCGAAGAUUUUGCCAAAAUUCAAGCGCAAUUCUAUCGACAAAUGGGAAUGGAAUUUAGGCAGUAUUUUUACAAGUAUAUUGAACAAGAAGCAUUAGAGUAUGUGUCGAAUGAUCGGGAACUGGUGAUAAGAGAAUUUGACGUGGUGACAGAAUAUGGAGAUAGAAUGUUGGAAAUAGAGAACAGGUUGGGUCUGUUUGUGUUGUGUAAUCAGAGCGAUGGAUCUCCAAUUGAAGACACAGACGAUCGAGGACGCAAGAUGAAACGUAAACCGUCUCACUCAGACACCUUGGGUUCGCAAGCGUCCAUGAAUUCACGAAAAAGAUCAAUGUCCACAGAUCCAAAGAGACGCGGAGGGAUGGUCGGACCGGAUCGUACAUCCUGGCGAUCUUCAUCAUCGACUAAAUUCGGCCUUGACAAGAUAAACGAUGAAGUAAUCAACCCGUUUGAUGAUAUACAGUAUGGUCAUCGAAAGUACGCGACUGAAGGGGCUGUACCGUUGAACAGAACUCUAUCUUAUCCGACAUCUGCAUCCACGACAUCAUACCCUGACCUUCCUCCCUAUACGGAAACAAUCGUAUCUAACGCUACUUCCUCGGAUGACGACGAUGACAUUUUCCACGACACACUGACUGGAGAAGAGGGUCCAACGUCUACCGAACUUCGUGUACCAUUUCUCGUUGCUACGUUAUAUCGUUACAAGACAAAAGAGAAGAACGUGCUGUCAUUUGAGGCUCAUACGCUGUUAAAAGUCAUACAUAUCGACGAGAAAGGAGAAUGGUGGUUUGCUGUUAAUGAGGAUACUGGGGAAAGGGGUUGGGUCGAUGUUGCAUUAACUGAGAAGCUAUGA